AUGAGGUUGUCAUCUGGAGCAAGUGGUGAUUCGACGUUAAAUCACGCUGGUGACAGUGAAGUGCAACUGAGUAAAGCUGAAGCCGAAGUAUAUGACCGUCAGAUACGACUGUGGGGAUUAGAAGCGCAACAAAACGCUUUCAUUUGUGGAUUGUCUGGUGUGGGCGCGGAAAUCGCCAAAAAUCUUAUGCUAUGUGGUCUGCGUUCCCUCACGCUUAUGGACAAGGAAGUCGUGAAAAGGGAUGACAUCGAUUCUAAUUUUUUACUCGGAGUUGGCUCCGUUGGUCUAAAUGUAUGUUUUUAUGAUGCUUCGAGUAUUGUUGUGAGGUUGAGAACAGGAGUGUGCUUAAUUUAUAGCAUGCGAGGCAACGGAGAUUCGUUGAUUUUCAGCUUCAUCGCAUGCAGUGUUUAUGGCUGGGUGGGUUACUCUUUCUUCGAUUUCAACAACCAUCUCUUCCUCAGGUGGAUGUUCCACUAUCCGAGUUUUGCGGAUGCUUUCAACGUUGAUUGGUCCAAGAAGCAGUUGGUACGAAAAUCGAGACGUCUCAUUCCCUGCAGCUAUUUUCCUCUUAAAGCUAUGUUGCGUGCCCAAAAAGAGAGCAAAUUAACUGGGGACGAGGUCAAUGAUGUUAGCGCACUUUCAAAAUUAUGGAGCGAAGAGGUAUCAGUGAUGAACCUUCUUAUCACGUGUUCGCUGCGCCCUCCCUUGUUUCGCACUUUUCAUUUUUUUUUCCUUCAGGCAUUGUCAGAGAAAGAGCGUCCUCUCCAAAAUGUGUUCAUUUACUCUGCACUUGACACGACAGGGAUCGUCUGCCACUUCCCACCACCUCAUUGA